CAACGACAUUGCAGAAGCGACAACUACUCAUCAUCUGUUUAUGUUUUCUUUCUUCACUAUCAGUGUACGACUUUAUCGAACGAGAGAUCCCUAGAAGAUAAAUUAUUAUGUGUCUAUUGUUUGCAUUUUAGUGAAAAUUUUAUCCAGAACUUUGAGCACCGCAGAAUGCCAAAUAUCCUUAAUGGAGUAUUAGCAUUGCUGCCAAGUAAAAUUGAUAAAUUCUUUUGACACAAUUAAUUUUUAGUUUCCUGACCCUGAGUAUAUGCUGACCCUGAGAUGAUGCCUACAAUGGAGGCCAGUUACCAACAGUUUGGAGGAGGGGAUCCUGAUGACUCUGAAGAGACGCCGCAGGAGUUCGGGGCGAUGAUCCACAUCGUCCCGGAGAGUGGCAAAUCUGCUAGAUGGAAUCAUGUGGAGGACUUAGACUCGUUCUUCACCCGAAACUACCUGUACCAUCAGAAACACGGCUUCAAGUGUAUGAUGCUACAAGAAGUCCUGGAACUUGUACAGUUUAUAUUCGUCGUCGUCUUCUCGACGUUCCUUUUUAACUGUGUUGACUAUCAAAUACUCUUUAGGAAUAAGGAAAGCAACCAGACGGUGAACCAGCGCAAGAUCGCACUGAGUGAUGCGAUCGUCCCUAGCGACCAAUGUCUGGCCAACGUCAGCAUGAUGUGGUGGCUGGUGGUGUUUGUAUCUGUAGUGUUCUGGCUUAUCCGAGCCAUCAGAGUGGUCUACCACCUGUUCCAGUACUGGAACAUCAAGGCGUUCUUCAACUCCGCACUCAGGAUACAAGAUGCUGAGUUAGACAACGUGACGUGGCAUGAGGUACAGAAGAGGAUCAGAGAAGUGCAGCUGGAGCAGCAGAUGUGCAUACACAAGAAGGAUCUCACUGAGCUGGAUAUCUACCAUAGAAUACUCAGAUUCAAGAACUACGUGGUGGCGAUGGUAAACAAGUCAUUGCUUCCCGUCAGGUUCAAUCUUCCGCUCCUGGGUUCUGUCAUCUACUUCACCCAUGGGCUCAAAUUCAAUAUAAAUUUCCUGUUGUUUUGGGGGCCGUGGUCGCCGUUCCAAAACAACUGGCACCUGAAGGACGACUACAAGAAGGCCAACAAGCGACAGGAGCUGGCCCAGCAGCUGUCCAAGCACAUAGUGUACGUAGCCGCAGCCAACCUGGCGCUGUGUCCGCUAAUCCUGCUGUGGCAGAUACUCUACUCAUUCUUCAACUACACUGAGGCCAUCAAGAGGGAGCCUGGCAGUCUGGGGUCUCGCUGCUGGUCUCAGUACGGACGACUUUACCUGCGCCACUUCAACGAGCUCGACCAUGAACUCAAUGCCCGACUCAACCGAGCGUAUCGACCAGCGUCCAAGUACAUGAACAUAUUCACAUCUCCUGGCAUGACGAUUAUUGCUAAGAACAUCGUGUUUGUGGCGGGGGCAGUCCUGGCCGUGCUGUUGGCUUUGACUGUGUAUGAUGAGGAUGUGUUGACUGUGGAACACGUUCUGACUGCCAUCACUGUACUAGGAGCCAUCAUAGCUACGUUCAGAGUGUUCAUUCCUGAUGAGAACCUGGUCUGGUGUCCGGAGAACCUGAUGACUGCCGUGUUAGCGCAGGUACACUAUCUCCCGGAUAACUGGCGUGGUAACGCACACACCUCACGCGUACGCAACGAGCUCUCUCAACUAUUCCAGUACAAAGCUACGUAUCUGCUGGGGGAGUUGCUGUCGCCUAUGGUGACGCCCCUAGUGCUGUUCUUCUACUUGCGGCCGCGAGCCCUCGACAUCGUAGACUUCUUCCGCAACUUCACUGUGGAGGUAGUGGGCGUCGGGGACGUCUGCUCGUUUGCACAGAUGGAUGUCCGUCGUCAUGGCAACCCUGCGUGGCAGACCAACAUGCCUCCUGCCCCACCCACUACCACCACAGCUACGACACAGCUGCCUAACCAGUACAACCAGGCGGAGGACGGGAAGACGGAGUUGUCCCUGAUCCACUUCACAGUGACCAACCCGGAGUGGAGACCACCCACAGACGCCGAGACAUUUGUCUCUGCUCUCCGCACACAGGCUCGGCGCGAGGCCGUGGCGCCGGGCACUCAGCUGCUCAUCAACGACAACUCUCUGUCGUCCCUGGGUGUCGGGUUGAGCGAGAUGUUGAUGAGGCCUGGCACAGUACCGUCGGUGCCGGCGCCAUCUCCUCUCUCCCCCUCCAACACUAUCCACAUGCGCACUAGUAGAGCCGAGGGCCCCAUACACAACCCUCAGGGCAGUUGCCAUGAGCAGUCACUGGGAGGCAGUGUGAUGCCGGAGACUGACCCUAUGACUGAUAUGAGUCUCAGCACACUCUACCUACACGAGGUCCACUACAGGCAGAUGAGGCGGAGAGGUUAUCACGAAGGCAGUGUGUGGCUGCGAGGCGGACCUAGCUCAUCUCGCACACAGGAGCGGACACCCCUCAUCCCCCGCCCCUCGUGACUGCCACCCCCCGGCCCCACCUACGUAUAGCCUCACCGUGCCUUACACUCUCACCCUUAAAUACAACUCGAUAUCUAGAUUCAAACAUUACCAGUAAAAAGUCUUGAUUUAAACUUUUUUGGAGGUUCUAUUGAAUUGCUCUGUCAAAAAAUAUUCUAAAAUCAACCUUUUUAGCUGUAACAGUAACUGAUUCAGUGUUUCACUUAACAAUGAGAGUGACACUAAAACAGACAUAGUGUUCGAUAUUUUGGUUUUAAAUACCGAGUCAGAUAAAUUGUUUGCAAUAUAGUCCCAAGAAACGCUAUGUACAUUAAUGACUAUGUUGAAUUUACAAACCUUAAAAAAAUUCUACACCAAAAUUUACUGACAAAACCUAAUCAGCAGGUAGGUGUUGGUUAGAGAAAAUUACUUCUUUUUGGUGAA